CGGGACAGCGAGGCCAGGCGAGGCAGGCGCUCUGAGCCCCGCAGACGCAGAGGACCGCGACGAGCAGUGUUUCGGACCGGAUGUCUCCUACCAGCCUGCGCCAUCGGAUCGCAGUCAACCCCAUGGCGCGGUUCCUGAGACUCUGCACUUGGCUGCUGGCGCUCGGCCCGGGGCUCCUGGCGACCGUGAGGGCGGAAUGCAGCCAGGACUGCGCGACGUGCAGCUACCGCCUGGCGCGCCCGACCGACAUCAACCCCCUGGCUUGCACACUGGAAUGUGAAGGGAAGCUGCCCUCUCUCAAAACCUGGGAAACCUGCAAGGAGCUCCUGCAGCUGUCUCAGCUGGAGCUUCCCCAAGAUAGCUCCACUGCCCUCACAGAGAGCAGCAAGGCUGAGGAGAGCCACGUGCUGGCCAAAAAGUAUGGGGGCUUCAUGAAAAGGUAUGGAGGCUUCAUGAAGAAAAUGGAUGAGUUUUAUCCUCAGGAGCUAGAAGAAGAGGCCAAUGGAGGGGAAGUCCUGGCCAAGAGAUAUGGGGGCUUCAUGAAGAAGGACGCAGAGGGGGAGGACGUCCUGGCCAACUCCUCAGACCUGCUCAAAGAGCUGCUGGCAACUGGGGAGAACCCAGAAAGUGGCCCCCACCCAGAGGUUGGUGAGGAUGAAGAAGUGAGCAAGAGAUACGGGGGCUUCAUGAGAGCCUUAAAGAGAAGCCCCCAGCUGGAAGAAGAAGCCAAAGAGCUACAGAAGAGGUAUGGGGGCUUCAUGAGAAGAGUUGGUCGCCCCGAGUGGUGGAUGGACUACCAGAAAAGGUACGGGGGCUUCCUCAAGCGCUUUGCCGACUCUCUGCCCUCCGACGAAGAAGGCGAAAGCUACUCCAAAGAAGUUCCUGAGAUGGAGAAAAGAUAUGGAGGAUUUAUGAGAUUUUAACCCCCUUGGCAGCCAGUGAACCCCAGGCCCCAGCAAGCCUUCCUCUGCCCCCUAUUAUCGCACAUUGCUUGCAUUGUAGAGUUGCCUUUAUUGUCUGGAUAACUAACUAUACAACCUGACAGUGCUCACUUCAGGUUCUAUGUUCUCUUGACCAUGUUUAUGCUCAGUAUCGGUCUAUUGCAGCUGUGUUGUUCUCAUGCUACAGUGAUGUUGUUCCCUUGUCCUUUAUUUUUGACAAAACACCAAUAAAUGCUUACUUGUAAAUAGAUACAAUAAACCCCUUACCCCAGC